AUGGCUACCGCUACAGUGACUACUCCUAAGAAGAGCCACCAUGGGCUCUUUUCCUCCAAGACAGCUGGAGGUCGCAUGCCUUUGACCCCUUCUCCUCGGGGAAAGUCUGGUGCUGCAACUCCCCAAGCUUUGAAUGACUCUCCCUUCACUCCUCCUCACCCAGCUGAGGCGGGCCGCAGCCAAUCCAAGGCAGUCUAUGGUGGCAACCUUUCUUCACACUUCGCCAAAUCGAGCACCGCCAAGUCGAGCGCAAAGGCACCAUCCGCUCCCAAGUCGUCAUCUCGCUCUUAUCGCGAUUCCCCCAAAUCCAAUAUUGCUCGCACUCGCCGGUCGCCGAAGCACCUCGAAUUGGGCGUCUCCGACUGGUCGUUGACCGGUACUGGCCCUGAGGGCGCUCAGUCUCCCGCCAAGUCGCGCACUCGCCGAGAUGUCCCUAGUCGUUCCCGCCCCGGGAAGACCACUAUGCGCAUUCAACACAACGCAGGGGACCGUUUCAUUCCCAACCGCUCUGCAAGCGAGGGUAUUGUCACAACGGGGGCUGCGAAGCCUGAGGAGCAACGUCCGAAGACUGGCGGCAGUGAGGGGUCGGGAUCAAGUGUCCUGGCUUCAGCUGCCAGUGCUUUUGACAUCAACGGCCGUGGGUCCGAGGAGGAUCUUACUGCUGCUCUGGAGAACCUCGGUUUAGAAGACGAUGAAACUUCGAAGUACUCUCGACCUGCACCCGAUGCCGUUGCCUACGAGUCAUCGCUGGCCAAUGCCUGUGGGGUCAACUUGAACACUCGUAUCUUGGCGUUCAAGCCUCCGCCGCCGGAGUCCUCGAAGCCUAUUGAUCUUCGCGCUCAAUAUAACCGUCCUCUUCGCCCUGCCAAGUCUACAAAUGCUCAGUUCCGUCGCCGUGUCCAGACAGCCCCCGAGCGGGUAUUGGAUGCUCCAGGUCUUUUGGAUGACUACUAUCUUAACUUGCUGGACUGGAGCUCUGGGAACCAGGUCGCCAUCGGUCUCGAGCGCAAUGUCUACGUCUGGUCUGCCGAGUCUGGCUCCGUCAACUGCCUCCUGGAGACUUCCCCCGACACAUACAUCAGCAGUGUUAAGUGGAGUGGAGACGGCGCCUAUGUUGGUGUUGGCCUUGGAACUGGUGAGGUUCAGAUCUGGGACGUCGAGGAGGGCUCCAAGCUCCGCAGCAUGUACGGUCACGACUCCCGUGUGGGUGUGAUGGGCUGGUCCAAGCACACUCUCUCGACUGGUGCCCGUAGCGGCCUGGUGUACAACCACGAUGUCCGCAUUGCUCAGCACAAGGUGGCCGAGCUUGUUUCCCACACCUCCGAAGUCUGCGGUCUUGAGUGGCGCUCUGAUGGCGCUCAGCUCGCUACCGGUGGCAACGACAACCUGGUCAAUAUCUGGGACGCUCGUUCUCUCAGCGCUCCCAAGUUCACCAAAACCAACCAUCGUGCUGCCGUGAAGGCUCUCAGCUGGUGCCCCUGGCAAUUGAAUCUCCUCGCCACUGGCGGUGGUUCCUACGACCGUCACAUCCACUUCUGGAACACUACCACCGGUGCCCGAACCAACAGCAUCGAUACUGGCUCUCAGGUGACCAGCCUCCGGUGGAGCAACCACUACCGCGAGAUCGUCAGCUCCAGCGGCUUCCCCGACAACUCGCUCAGUAUCUGGAGCUACCCGACUCUGGUUCGCAACGUCGAGAUCCCUGCCCACGAGACUCGUGUCCUGCACAGCAGCCUUAGUCCCGAUGGCCAGAUGCUGGCCACCGCCGCUGCCGACGAGAGUUUGAAGUUCUGGAAGGUCUUUGAACGCAAGGCCGGCAGCAGUGCCUCUGCUUCCCGUGAGGGUGGUGUUGGCAGCAAAGCUCAGCUGACCAAGUCGAUGACCAUCCGCUAA